CCAUCUCUGCUCUUCACCGCCUUUUUCAUGCUGUAAAAAAAUCUUUCAUGUAAACAUUUCACUAUUUGCGGCUUUCCGAAUGUUAUACAUUGUUCAAAAAGCAUAAAAUUAUUUCUUAAAGUUAUUUCAUAGUAAAAGUGGAACAGACCUUUUUUCGGAAUACUUAUUUUCUAAGAAUUUUUUGGAUUGCAGAAUGUCUGGUCGAGAAGGAGGUAAAAAGAAGCCCUUGAAGGCACCAAAAAAAGAUACUAAAGAUCUUGACGAAGAAGAUUUAGCAUUUAAACAAAAACAAAAGGAACAACAAAAGGCUAUGCAAGACGCUGCAAAGAAAGCUGCACAAAAAGGUCCUCUCGUCACUGGUGGGAUAAAAAAAUCAGGAAAAAAAUGAUGCAUGUAUUUCAGACUGAUAUACUCAAUGAUCUCUAUACAAUUUAUUAUCUCUCCCCCGUUCGAUUAUCCUGUUGUUGUCUUUUGUAAAUAAAAUCUUCACGAAAAUAAAAGUUUUGAAAUAUUUGCAAUGCGAA